UUUAAUCUUCUAAUAUUCUCAUUACAUAAUACAACUGCUACUAUUGCUGCUGCUGCUGCUGCUGCAACGGUACAAAAGCUGUUGCUAAUGUUGACAUCUGAUAAUAAUUAGUACUAUACAGUUAAAACACCGUGCCGCACCUCCGCUAAAAACACAACAGUUUGUGAGAACGCGUCUAACCGGUGCUCGGGCAAUUAGACGUUAUAAUUUUGUUGGAGGUGGCAUCUUGCCGGAAAAUCUUUCUCUCUCUAUUGCUCAUGCUACUCGAACAACUUCUAGAAAAAAAGUCAGUCGGCUGUCGAAUUGAACAAAUAAUUGUAUGAAAAUUGUUGUUUUUAACGUUUCCCGUUCUGGCUGGAUCUAUUAAUCUUGUCUUUUUCCUUUGCGUGAAUUUCGUCGUCGUCUUCUGUUGACGGCUUCUUCUCUCUCCUAAUUCUCCUUGUACCUCUAGCACGCUUCUAUCACUUUUUUCCGAAGACUUGUUACGACUAUUGGUUCGCUGUUGUUGAAGCGCAUUUGCGGCCUUUUCCACUUCAUCUGCAAUGACCACGACAGGUCGUCAGCAUUUUGAUCAUUUUCAGCAACAGUUAGUUUGCCAGUCGAAUACCUCCUCGCACUCGAACCACGUGCCCAUUACUGCAACUAGUUCAUCUGCAAACACUUCACCAAUUUCUACCAGUUUCACUCGUAGCACUCCCUCAUCUUCUUCUUUUACUGCUAAUACAACUUUCAUCGCCCGUUCUUCAGAAGCGUGUCCCUCCCCGCAGCCGCUUCCUUCGGGUUCUGCCAGCCUCAACCACGAUCUUGUCCACCCCCACCGCCUACGUUAUCACAGACCACAGCAGCAGCGUCACGCGGAACAGCAGCAUCAUCUGCCCCAGCAAGAGCAGCCAAAGCACAGCAACGAACAAGGAGGCCAUAAUCGAGGCCUCCAAUACGUGGAGCACUGUCAAUCUUCACUGUUUCAGCGGCUCGUGUCCGCUCACAUUAGCUUGAUGCACAAAUACGCCGGUUUAGCUUUCCUGUUGAUCGUGUUGGUGGGUGCUUACAGAGUUUCGGGAGUGCGUUGCAGCCGGUUCAAGGAUUAUAACGAAGCUGAGCAACGCGUAGUCAUGGCCGUGACUGAUGCGUCUGAGCCUGAUGGUUUCAGGCUGGCAACCGUCAAUGAAGAGCUGAUCAAAUCACUCAGCGCCGACGAUGACAUUUUACUCGAUUCGUACCUUGGUGCGUUUCGCGAAGUGUGCAAAAUCUUCAAAGAGAUGGGCACCGUAUUCAACUUUGUCACCAGUGACCUCGAGGACAAAAUCAAGAUUUUAGAGGAAUACCGUGCUCGAAAUGACGUUGCCGAGCAUUUUAAUUCGCUUUCAUCGAUGAUGUCUUACGAGAUUAGGACCGGUGCGAUUUCUAUACGCCAGCCACCGUCGGGCUGUCGAACAUGGCUGCGCCUCCAUCGAGCCCUACAGUUUGUCACAAUGUUCUUCUACCGUUUAGCUAGUGUCGACUUUAAAGAGAAGAUGACCAGUCUGGCCCAGGACUGUUACGAACAAACUCUGGCAAAGUAUCAUGGGUAUCUCAUCAGAAAGGGUGCGUCACUGGCGAUGUAUGCGCUUCCAACGGUCGAGGCGAUGUUCUUGAAGGCACGUGACAAUAAAGCUGACGUUCGGCCUCUUUUGCUCAGCGUGGGGGACAACGCUGCUCGAGUGUACAAUCUCACCCAGAAGCUGUACAAGCAACAUGGCCUAUUGGACCUACCCUGAGAGCUUUUGGCAUUUAGAUUUGAA